CGGGGAGGAGGCCCAGGAAGUGACGGCCCCUCCGCGCUCCCGGGCUCUUCUGGAGUCCGCGAAGUGGGCGGUGAGGUUGCUGUGGCUGCCGCGCUCCCCGGCCCUCGGCGAUGGAGAACGGAGCGGUGUACAGCCCCACUACGGAGGAGGACCCGGGCUCCGCCACAGGGCCCCGGAGCGGCCUCGCUGCCUACUUCUUCCUGGGCCGACUCCCCUGGCUCCGGCGCGUUCUCAAGGGCUUGCAGCUGUAUUGUAAUCGAGUUUCUCUACCUGACUACCCUGGAACUUGCCUUGCUGGUGUCUCUGGCAACCUUCUGAUAGCUCAGUCUAAGUUGCUGUCUCUGCUGGCCUUCAUCUGUGAAGAAGUUGUAUCACAAUGUACUUUGUGUGGAGGACUUUAUUUUUUUGAGUUUGUAAGCUGCAGUGCCUUCCUUCUGAGUCUUCUUAUACUGAUUGUUUAUUGCACUCCCGUUUAUGAUAUGGUUGAUACCACAAAAGUAAAAGCAUCGGAUUUUUAUAUUGCUUUGGGAACAGGAUUUGUGUUUUUGUUGGCAUCCAUCAUUUUUGUUUCCACACAUGACAGGACUUCAGCUGAAAUUGCUGCAAUUGUAUUUGGAUUUAUAGCAAGUUUUAUGUUCCUACUUGACUUUCUCACUAUGUUCAUUGAAAAACUACGGGAGUCCCGGCUGAGAAAACCUGAAAAUACCACUAGGGCUGAAGCCCUCACUGAACCACUUAAUGCUUAAAGAUUCUGGGGAGCAGAUGUUAUCUAAGGUAGUGACGCUGCAUUGUGGUGCCUGAGCCCUGGAAGAAACUCUUGUAGAAUUUGUGUAAUUGUUUAAACCACGUCUUUUGGAGAGCAAAGGGAAGAUCAAGAAGGCAGUUUUAUCAGUAUUGUGUCAGUCACCACAAAUCAGGUCAGAGAAGCAAAAAAAAAAAUGUUUUUAAUAAUGAUCGAAACUAUCUCAAAUGGAGAUUUUGGUGGGAGGAGGGGAGGACGAUGGUUUCUUUAAAUCGCACAGCUUGACGGUUGAUAAAUGAUUCUGUCAUUCUGUUAUAGGUCAUUCUUUUACUAGGCUUAGCUUCCAAAUUAUGCUUUAUAGCUGUAUAAACAUGAUUAUAUUAAUCUAUUUAGAAAUUGUUUUAUUUUAAAAUUAAUUUGCUUAGCUGCUUAGAUUAUGUUCUGUUAAUGAAAAUUUAACAUAGUUAAGAAACCAAUAUUUAAAAUGUUGGUCUAGGUUUCUUAACAUAUAAUAUCAGACUUUACUGUAUUUCACUCAGCCUUAAAUAUUACAGUACUUUUGGAUAACUGCUAUUAAUUCUUUCUGAGACUUUUGUAUAGCCUAUAAAGUGUAUGGGAGAUGUUGGUAUUUUAUGUGUUUAAAAGCAACAAUAUCAGCAACUUCAUGUUUAUACUGCACCUUGGUCAUUGAUGUCAAGUAAAAAAGAGAUUGUUUUAUAGCAUA